AUCGACGAUCGCCCCUCCUGGAUUCUACCAGCCCUUCCGGGGCCGUACCUGGCGAUCGAGAUUGGGCGUUGAGCGGAUCCUCUUUCGGCCAGCUCACCAACAUCAACGACCCCGAAUUCUACGUAGGAGUGAGGGACCCAUCCGCAAAUCUGGCGACUCUAGCAGUACCGGCGGGCAUGGGGACAGCGUUAGACGCGCUGUCAGCCCCGCCGUUGAACAUUCGUCGUCCAGCGGCCCCAACAUUACCCAGCUUUGAGCUCCCACCACCACCGUUCACGUUGGGUGCGGCCGCGGCAGCACCCAAGUACGGACAUCCCACCCAUCCCCCAGUCUCCCACGCGCCAGUCAAUGUGAGCGUGGGGAACCUACUAACGCCACCCGCCACAAUUCAACCAGGGGAGCACGCCACACCCCAACCAUUGGCGCCAUCAACAGGCGCGUCCUCCGAGCUACCGCCGGCAUAUUGGUCAGGAGCCAACCCAUACGGACAGUCCUGGGGAUCCGGGGUAAAUCCAUACUCAGCCCGAAGUUCCUUUUCACCAUCCGGUAUGCAGCGUUCCUCGGUAAUGUCACCACCGACGACGGAUGGCUUGCCGCACCCAUAUGAAGGCCCGACAUUAUCUUACCAACCUUUACCCGCCCCGUCAACCAUGCCUCCCUCCGCUUCACAACCUGCCAUGAUGUACCAUGGCGGACCCGCUACAUCCCCCGCCCCACUACCAUCCAACGAUCCAUAUGCACCCAAACACCAGCAUAUGUAUGCCACCUCUCCUCCCAUGCACAGUCCCCACCAGACCGGCUACUCUCCCAUGUAUGGCCCCGCCGGGCUUGGCAUCCACCCUCCAGGACGAAUGCCUGUUCACAGUCCAUCAGGCGGACAGCCGCCGUUGGGAUAUCCCCGCCAGCCGUGGCCCUCAUAUUCUCUCCCAGCGAUGAACGGUCCCGUCAUGACCAACGUACACAGCCCCGGCGGCCCCAUGUCGAUGAUGGGUGGCAUGCAACCCGGCCUUCUACCUGGAUUCAACAGUGGCCAUGUCGCCAGCUCGCAACAUCUAUAUGGGGGUCAUCCACCCCCGCACGGCAUGUCCGCCCCCGCGGCGGACCGACCUUUCAAAUGCGACCAGUGUCCCCAGAGUUUCAACCGCAAUCACGAUCUCAAGCGCCAUAAACGAAUUCAUUUGGCUGUGAAGCCUUUCCCCUGCUCGCACUGUGACAAGAGCUUCUCGCGCAAGGAUGCUCUUAAGCGACAUAUCCUUGUGAAAGGCUGUGGAAAGGACGGCGACUCGGACGCGAACGGCAACCAAACUGGGGUUGAUAUCAAGGGUGAAGGGCGGAGUGAAGAUGGCAGCCCUCUCCUAAAUGGACGAGCUUGAACGCGUUCCGGUUUUCCCGCCUGCGACACUUUCGUCCCUACUGCGACGUAACUCCCCCGGAACGCUCAUCCGCAUAUUUAUGGGCGGUGAAGUUCGCAGACAUGUAUGUAUCUACCGAGGCAUUGGGAGUCGGGGUUCCUACCGGAUUUUAUUUUGAUUUAUGUUAUUUUUUGAGCUUCGGCGAAGGGUUUGUGAUUCGGGCAUCAUGGGAAGGUCUGAUCUCUGCUUUUUUAUCUUUUUUUUUAUCCGGAUUUAUGUUUACUAUAUGUUCUUAUCGGACUCAUGUGUGACGUGUACCUAUCCUGCUUCUCUGUGAUUUAAAGCGAUUAAGCGAACUGUUAAUGGGAUGGGCAACGCCGGUAUAUACACACCCCUGCAUCAAUUAUGAUAUGGAAGAUAUCCCGAGAAACUCCAAAG